UUAAUUUAUUGUAUCAUAUAUACAUAUACAUAUACAUAUGUAUAUGUAUAUAGUGUGUGUGUGUGUGAGAGAGAGAGAGAGAGAAGGAGAGCAAGGUAGUAGUAACUGUGACAAUAAUGAUUAGACUGUAUUAAGGGUACCUUUUAUUCGUUUUCAUCACCCUUCUUCUUUGUUUAUUUAUUUAUUGAAUGUAUUAACUGUAUACAAAAAAAAAUUAUGGAAUAUCUUGAACAAUUUACAGUAAUUGAUAAAAAUAGAGAUGGAAUUAUAUCAAGAAGGGAUUUAUUUAAAUAUGCAUUAAGUAUUGGUGAAGAUUUAUCUAUGGUUGAUAGAUGGUUAAGACUAUUUGAUACAAAUGAUAAAGGCAUAAUUACAAUUGAAGAUGUCAGUCGUACUCUGGGUGUACCACCUCCGAAAUUUUACGAUGAAAGAUAUAAUCGUCGACUUAAUGGAAAAUUUGAAUCAUCCAAUGAUGUUUUUCAUCAAGCCGCAGCAAGAUUUCGUUCAACUGAAGAUAUAACACGUCAUUAUCAAUCAUCUUCAUCAUCUACAGAAAAAUUAUCAAUGUAUAAACGUAGUUAUUCCAGUGAUAAUGUACCAUCAGAUUAUCAUAAAUUAAUAGGGAAUCAUUCAUGGGAUCCAAAUGAUGAACCAUUACUUAUAGAAUAUUCAUAUGAUAAAAUGAAUGAAAAAUUAAAUCAAUUAAUUAAUAUAGCUAUAAAAAAACAAAUGGAUCUACAAACUAUACCACAAUUUAUAGCAAUGACAUUAGAAAAAGAAUAUGGUCGUAAUUGGCAAGUAAUUGUUGGUCCAUAUAAAGUUGGUUGUGCUGUAAGCCAUUUAAUUGGACGAUUCACUAAUACACAAUAUGCAUCAUAUCAUGUGAUUGCAUUUCAAACAUUGGAUUUGUAAAAUUGGGUUUUUUUUUCUUUUCUUUUUUUUCUUUUCAUUUUUUUUUAUUUUAUCACUUUUUUUUAUUUUUAUUUUACAAUUUACUUGUUCAUUUUUUUUUCAUUGGUAAUAUAGUAUUUGUUUGUGUUAACGAGGUAGUGGCAACUUGAACCGAUGCAUAAAUGUGCCUGGUCCUAUGUUGUAGCUAACUGACUGACUGACUGAUAGGACUUGUUUACCUUAUUGUUAUUGUUAUCAUUAAUGAAAAUAACUUUAUUUAUGUUGCAAUAUAACAAUUUAGUUAAUGUUAUGGAUAUAUAUGUUCUUUCGAAUAACACGAACCUUGAAUGUUGAUAUAGAGAAAGAACUAUGGAAAAAUGUUAUAUAAGUGUUGAAAUAAAAGGAUAAAGUUUUGUUUUCAGAUUUAUUUGAAAAAAUCGAUUGAACCUUUUGACAUAUAUGCUCUACUCCUUUAUUCAAUACAUUUAUGAGUCUACCUCCCCCAUGAAACAAUUCUGGAUCUUAUGAACCCACGUUGCAAAUGAUGUGAUUUUAUUGACCUGAACUGUUUUAAUACUACUCUCAUCUUCAUUAUAUAUGCGCAUUGGGGAGAGUGGAGAUACAUAAACGUUGAAGGAUCCUUUUAUACGUUCUUGAUUUGUAUGAGUAAUACUAUGCAUGGUGAUUUUUUUUUACCUUUCAUACGAAAAAAAUACGAUGUCAU